CCAUAAUACUCCCAGCUAAGCUAAGAGUUGUUAAAGAGAGAGUCAGAGAGUCGAAAGAAAGAAUGUCAGAAGGCAGGAAGAGCAAGAUCGAAAGUCGGAAAAGAUUUACAGAUAAACAAAUAAGCUUCUUGGAGUACAUGUUCGAGACAGAGUCACGACCGGAGUUAAGGAUGAAACACCAGUUAGCUAACAAACUCGGGUUACAUCCUCGACAGGUGGCGAUAUGGUUCCAGAACAAAAGAGCGCGAUCAAAAUCAAGGCAGAUUGAGCAAGAGUACAACACCUUGAAGCUCAAUUAUGAGUCGCUGGCUUCUAAGUCUGAAUCUCUCAAGAAAGAGAAUCAGGCACUGCUUAAUCAGUUGGAGAUGCUGAGAAAUGCAGCGGAGAGGAAUGGAAACAGCAGCAGUGGCAGUGAAGAAUCUGAAGAUAGGAUAACCAACGAACAAACGGAAAACCAUGAAAAAAGAAGAAAUUAG